CAUCGCGCGUCGCCAGCGUUGGCGGGUGCACGUUGCUUUCCAGCCUCCGCCACUCCUGCUGCACCUCUGUUUCUCAUCCAGGGCGCUAGUCCCCGGAGUUCGGAAAUGUUCCCGGAACUUAAUAACCUUCUCAACACCACGCCUGACAAGGCGGAGCAGGGGAAACUGACUCUGCUGUGUGAUGCCAGGACAGAUGGCAGUUUCCUUGUGCAUCACUUUCUCUCCUUCUACCUCAAAGCGAAUUGUAAAGUCUGCUUUGUGGCACUCCUUCAGUCCUUCAGUCACUACAACAUUGUGGCACAGAAGCUGGGUGUCAGCUUGACCGCAGCACGGGAACGUGGCCAGCUUGUGUUCCUUGAGGGUCUCAAGUCCUCGGUGGAUGUCUUCUUUCAGGCUCAGGAGGAUCCACACCCCCUGCAGUUUCUCAGGGAGGCCAGUGCUGGGAACCUACAACCAUUGUACGAGUUUGUGCGGGAGGCCCUGACACCCGCAGACAAUGGGGAGGCUGCGUGGAGGUGCCCGGUGCUGCUGGUGGACGACCUCAGUGUGCUGCUGAGCCUGGGCGUGGGAGCGGUGGCUGUGCUGGACUUUGUCCACUACUGCAGAGCCACCGUGUGCUGGGAACUGCAGGGAAACGUGGUGGCCCUUGUGCAUGACAGUGGAGACGCGGAAGAUGAGGAAAACAACACCCUGCUGAUCGGUCUCAGCCAUCAGAGCCACCUUAUCCUGCGGACCGAGGGCCUGGCCACUGGCUUCUGCAAGGACGUGCAUGGGCAGCUGAGGAUCCUGUGGAGGAGGCCGUCACAGUCCGCAGCCCGGCGGGAUCGGAGCCUCACUUUCCAGUACAAGAUACAGGACAAGAAUGUGUCCUUUUUCGCAAGAGGACUGUCUCCUGCCAUUCUGUAACCUGACUCAGGAGCAGCUGAAGCUACCUCGGACUGGUCGGACGUGGAAGAUAAAGCAACCGAGCAGGAAGGGGUCUUUACGUCUUCGUUGGUGCUGUUUCAGGCUGGGCUGGCAGCUCCACUGGGACCCGGCCAGACUGUGCAGCCAUGGUGUGCCUUAGCUCUUCUGGGCCCUGUUCAGAAAACACCAUGAGGAAUCCACACCCCUGCCUGUGCUGGGAGAGACUGGAUGCUGAAUCCUAGUGAAAGGAGCCUUUGAAGCUUGCCUUGUAAAUACAAUCUGGCCCCAACUGCCCGCUCUUGGUGAUUGUGUCUUGUAGAGCCAGAGUGAGCAUGUGCCCACGAGAUACUUCUGGAUGGCAGUGCCCAGGGUGACAGUAUAAUCGUGACUGCAUUAAAGUGAGUUCCCAUACUGGGGCCUCUGUUUCUCGCUCUCUAGCUCUCUUUUUUUCUAGUUUUUUUUUUUUUUCUUGUUUGUUUGUUUGCUUGUUUUUUGUUUUUUAAUUUGAAAGAGAGACAGAAAAAGUUCCCAGGUGCUAGUUCAUACCCCAAAUGCCCACGGUGGCCACCUGGCCAGGACAAAACUGGGAUCAGGAACUCAGGCAGGUCUCUUACAUGGGUGGCAGGAACCCAGUCACCCAGUUUAUCACCACUGUCUCUCCUGAUCUGUUUCAGCAGGAAGCUGGAUUCAGGAGCCAGAGCCGGGAGUUGAACCCAGGCACUCUGACGUGGGAUGCAGGCAUCUUAACCAGAAUCUUCAACCACUAGGCCACAUGUCCAACCCUGGAUUUUCUCUUAGUUUUCAUCUUCUUCUUGCAAGGUGCUUAAAUCCAGUGAGAAAAUAGGCUUAGAGAGAUUUGGAAGCACACUCAGAGCUUAGAGCCACUGUAGGUAACAGGGCCUGACUCCGAAGUCCACACUUGCUGACCAACAUUCACAGAAACCAGGCACAGGCUUCCCACUGACAGGUGUGACCUUUUCUCUCCACUGCCUUGCUCCUUUUCAGAGUCCUGGCCAUUGAGGACCUGACACCAGGCCCUUGGUCACGCGAGGCCCUAUAUGAGGCACAGGUGUGUAGUCUCAUUGAGGGGAGGCAGUAUUCUUGCAGGAUGGGGCCUUGGCGAGGAACCAGUGUUUCCCUCCCUGGUGAAGACUACAGGAGGUGGUAGGGGACAGCUGGUCCCAACCAGCCACUCAAUCAAGGUUGCCUCACGGUGGAAACCAGAGGCGUCUGCUGAAGGUGGGUACAAGGCGUCCUUGUCUCUUUAGUUUUACCUUCCUUAAUCUUUAUAAACAGGAACUGUUUAUCACCCUUCCUUCCAAAUCACACUGUUAGGUAGGUUACCCCACUGAAACGAUGGCUGCUUUUGUUUUAAAAAUAUUUCAUCCCUGAGAGAAUAUUUAAAAAUUGUAAACAUAAGUAAUUUAGGAGAGUGGUUCUUCAAAGGAUCUAAUGAAUAUUAUUAUUUCGGUAUUUAUCCAGCCUUCAUUUGAGCUACAGUACUGAACAGCAAAGCUUACCUUUCAUCUGAUAA